AUGUUGAAGCUAAACAAGACUGACGUUCUGGUGAUCUUAGUAAUUCAGGGAGCAGUUCUCCUCUGUUUCAUUUUUCAGCUUCAGCACACUCCCCAGGAAAAGUCGACCCAGAAGCAUGUCCUCAUCCUCUCUUCUUGGAGGUCUGGAUCAUCCUUUGUAGGGCAGCUCUUCAGUCAGCAUCCCAGUGUUUUCUACCUGAUGGAACCAGCCUGGCAUGUGUGGGCAGCUAUGUACCAAAACAGCGCCAAGGUCUUGCACAUGGCAGUGCGGGACCUUAUUUGGUCAGUCUUCAAGUGUGACAUGUCCGUCUUUGAUGCCUAUAUGAAUGAGCAUAAGAAUAAGUCUGCACUCUUUCAGUGGGAGACCAGCCGGGCUUUGUGUUCUCCCCCUGCAUGUGACUUUUUCCAGCGCAGUGACAUCAUCUCCAAACACUCCUGCAAGACACUCUGUGGAAAUUAUCCAUUCAGCAAAGUGGAAGAGGCUUGUAAGACAUACAGCCAUGUUGUCUUAAAGGAAGUCCGUUUCCUCAACAUCAAGGUGCUUUAUCCUCUCCUCACUGACCCCUCCCUGGACCUCAGAAUCAUCCACCUGGUCCGUGAUCCCAGGGCUGUUUUCCAUUCCCGUGAGAAUGUACCAAAUGAACUUGCCCGUGACACAAAGAUUGUGGUGAGGCAUAAUAAUAUGAAGGGCAUGAAGUCCUAUGCCGCCAUGAAGGCAAUUUGCAAAAGCCACAUUGACAUAUACAUCGAGAUCAAGCAGUCCCUCAAAGAUCGCUACCUCUUGGUGCGCUACGAGGAUAUUGUUAAGACCCCCCUGGCAAGAGCUGCUCAGCUGUAUCAGUUUGCAGGGCUUCCUUUCCUUCCCAGUCUUCAGUCCUGGGUGCAGCACAUCACACAUGGCCAAGGCCUCGGUACCAAGGUCUUUGAUACUGACGCCAGAGAUGCAAUGAAUGUGUCACAGGCUUGGAGAAAGACUCUUCCUUAUCUCCAAACAGCAAUGUUACAAAAUAUCUGCAAGGAAGCUAUGAAACUUUUGGGUUACCGGCUUGCAAGAUCUGAGGAUGAACAAAAGAACAUGGCAUUUGAUCUCUUGACCAAGUCGAAUAUAAAAACUGCCUGUCCAGCUUCCAGCAGCUCAAAGCAUUACAGCUAG